CUGUCAGGGUUCUUUGGCCUGUUUGCUGUUGGCUCCUUUGGCAGUUUCUGGAUUUGGGUAUCGUUUGGACUCGGCCUGGUCUAGGAUGAUCACAUUUUCCCAAUUGAAAUUGUGGUUAAAUGUGUCUAUGUGUUUUGAAAUUAAGAGAAUUCUGGUUCAAUCCCACUUGCACCAGGUGGACGAACCUAACAGGCGCCGUGUGGCCAUCGGAACCAAAAGUACUCCAGGAAAACCAUUUUAUUAAAGGGGGCGAGGGAGACAAAUCUUUGCACAGGAGGAGGCAAAAAGAAACGGUGCGUGCAUUUGGCGCCACAGAUGAAACGGAAGAAAACUCCGGUUAGACGCGGGGAAGGGCCGUCGAGAGGGGUCGCGUCUCUUCCAGGACUCAGAAUUCAGCCCGAAGAUCCGCUUCCUUGCUGCCCACCGGAGGAAAACCAGAGUUCGGGCUCCAAGGAACGCGCGGAAGGCACCGAUCCGUCGCCUCGACUGAAAAAGCUGAACGGACCGCCGGAGGGUGUCCCGCCGAGAGGCCGAGCGCCCUUCAGCUCCGCCCCGGCACCUCCAGGCCGGCGGGAGAGCCCCGAGCGGAACCCGGCACAGGGAGGAUCCCGGGGCCACACGGGCGAGGGGACCGGAGAGGCGGAAGGGGAGGGGCCUCGGGGACGCCAGAGGGCGGGCGCUUCCGCUGGGCGGGGACAGGGCCGCGCGUGCGGGGGCCGGCCGUUGCCAGGGCAACCGCGUCUAGCAGCGGCGGCGGCGGCGGCCGGGCCGGAGGAUGAGCGGGGCGCCGGCCGAGGUGGAGGAGCCGGUGGCGCGGCGCUACGAGAUCAAGCGGCGGCUGGGCAAAGGGGCCUACGGGAUCGUCUGGAAGGCGACAGAGCGCCGGACUGGGGCCAGCGUGGCGGUCAAGAAGAUCUUCGACGCCUUCCGCAACCGAACCGACGCCCAGAGGACCUUCCGGGAGAUCCUGUUCCUCCAGAAACAGACUUGCAUGCAGUGAUCAAGAAGGGAAAUUUACUGAAAGAUAUUCAUAAGUGCUACAUCCUGUACCAGCUCUUGAAAGCCACCAAAUUUAUCCACUCGGGAAAUGUUAUUCACAGGGACCAGAAGCCUUCCAACAUCUUGCUGGACAGGGACUGCUUUGUGAAGUUGUGUGAUUUUGGACUGGCUCGUUCCCUGGGCCAAAUUGAAAGAGAUGAAGGCAACCCUGCACUUACUGAGUAUGUUGCUACUCGCUGGUACCGAGCCCCUGAGAUCCUGCUUGCAUCAAAAUGUUACACCAAGGGGGUGGACAUGUGGAGCAUCGGCUGUAUCUUGGGGGAGAUGCUCUUGGGGAAACCUCUGUUCCCAGGAACAUCCACCGUCAACCAAAUAGAGCAGAUCCUGCGUGUUAUUCCUCCCCCCAGCGCAGAAGAUGUGGAGGCCUUCCAUUCUGACUACCAAACCUCAGUUAUCAACCGCGUGAGCUGCCAGCCCCAGCUGUCUCUGGAGGAGCUCUUGCCUGCCUCCACCCCUGCCCAGGCCCUGGACCUUCUGAAACGGCUGUUGGUGUUUAACCCUGAGAAGCGGCUAACAGCAGAGGAGGCGCUGCAGCACCCCUACGUGCAAAGGUUCCACUGUGCUGCCAAAGAGCCUGCUCUCGACUACAGUGUGACCCUCCCUCUGGCUGAUGACGUGCAGCUCUCGGUGGCCGAGUAUCGCAAUCGGGUUUAUGAGUUGAUCUUGGAAUGGAAGGCCAGUAGCCAAGCUGAGAAGCAGCCCCUCCAGGGAGAUGCUCUUCCAUCUGGUUCCACAGAUGCCGCCGGUUCCCCUCUCAGGGCCCACUGUCCGAUGAAGGGUGGGACCCAGCUUCUUCCAUCCCAUGGGUCCCCACCACCUUUUGUGGCAGCUUCCCAGCGGAGAGCAAAUGAGCCAAGAAAUCCUUGCCCAAAGCCAAAGUUCAGCUCCACCGUCUGCAGUCCCACUGUUAAUGCAGCUGCCCAAAAUUUCCUGCCUGCUGGCAACGUGGCAAUGGGUCAGCCUCCCUCCCACCUUCGGCAGUACCGGAGAGCAGCGGGCACCUCCGCUCUUUGGGACCAGGUGCCGAAGGGGCCGGGGGCGACAAGCCAGACCGCAUCCCCCUUCAAGCCUCUUUCCUUGCUCAGCCAGGCUCAGGAAGCAGCCCUCAACCAGCAUCUGACGAGGAAGGGGGCCGUUCCCAGCAGGGUUGCCAUGGGGCUGAUCCACCCGGAAUCCCGUGGCAGGGAAGCUCAUUUCUUUCUGAAGCCAUGCAAGAAAAUGUUCCAGGUUACAGCAAACGUCGGGAUAGCUGGCGACCCCAAGGCCCACCUGGGCAGCUACUCCCAGUCCUAUGGGACCAUCUGCAAGUCUGCCCUCCAGAAUCUGCCUGUCUCUGGUGCUUCUCGCCCAGUGCUUGCCCCCAGUCCCCAGCAGCUCUGAGCGUGGCCUCUGGUCACCUGCAGCAGGGCAGGCAGGCAGGCAGGCAGGCAGGCCUCCUCCUCCUCCUCCUCCUCCUCCUGCCUCCCUCCAGUCAGCCGCGUCUGUCUUUGAUCCGAUAUGACCCCAAAGCCCUGGGAUCCACCAAGGGAGAAGGAAGUGAGCCGCUGCCUGGUUGCAGCCGUGGCAGGUUUUUUAAAAGACCCGGGCUGUCCAACCUGUCUGUUGAUCUCACGAUCAAAUAAAGCCUCCCCCUCCCCCAAAAAAGCUUCUGAAAUAAAAGCCUUUUCUACACGGG